UGGGGCCGCGCACGCGCCGUCAUGGCAGGCAGCGACUGGGACCGGCGGGUGCUGCCCGUAUGCGUCGGGGCGGUGUUGGCGACCGCGCUGGUCGCGGAGGUGCUGGUGGUGCUGCUGCGAUUCCGUCCGCCCGGAGAGCCCUUCCCGCUCUGGCCCAUCGCCUCGCUGGUUUUCCUGCUAACGAGCGCGCUGGAGAGCGCCCGCCGCUUCAUCAUGGCUUCGCCCAGCACGCGCGGCGUCAUGCUGGCGGGGGCGGGGCAAGGAUGGGAUUACUGCUAUGCCUGCCAGACUCACGUGCCGCCCCGCUGCAGCCACUGCUUUACCUGCAACGUUUGCGUCCUGCGACGAGAUCACCAUUGCCUGCUGCUCGGCCAGUGUUUAGGCUAUCAGAACUACCGUUACUUCCUCUGCCUGCUGCUUUAUGGGUCGGUCGCCUUGCUGUACGGCAGCUUACUCAAUGCUAACGUGGUUUGGAUGCUGCUAGAGGAAGGUGGCUUUGCAUACAAAAUCCUCCUGCUGAUGCUGCCUUGGCUGAUGUUCCUGAUGGGGCAAGUCAGUUUCGUGACCUUUGUCUACGCUUUUGUGACCGACAUCUGUGUUGUGGGCUUCUUGUUCUGCAUCAGUUUCCUGCUGUUCCACAGCUUGCUGGCCCUGCGCGGACAGACCACCAAAGAAUGGUUCGAAGGGAAUCGCCGGUACCACUUGGGCUGGCGAAACAACCUUCGGCAAAUCAUGGGAAAACGCUGGCUGCUGGCCUCCCUCACGCCUUUCAUCACUUCCCAUUUGCCAGGAGAUGGAAUCACGUUCCAAACCAGCUCUCCGAAAACAGAAGUGCUCUCCAGAUCACCCAGCAACUAAAGGAUUUCCCCACCUGUAAUUAUGAGGAAAAUUGAGUUCUUUUCAACGAUGGCUCUCUUCAUUUGAAAGCAGACAACUUGGGUGAAAAUUCUGAAGGUUUUGUCUUACAUCGUUGAAAGCUGAAAACAGUGUGAUCUUGGAACGGUGGUGACUGAUUGUUUUCCCCACACUCCCUGGGAAAGGGGCUUGUAAUGCUUUCGUUUCAGUGAUCUGGGAAGAAGGAAAUUGCUAACUGGAGCAAGACGGGGGGACACUCAUGCUUCGCUAAACUGGUCUAAAUGCAAUGGUUAAUACUGCUUUCUCCUGGUCUAAAGUAUAUUAUAUAUGUGUCUGUGUAUUUUUUUUUUCUCCCUCUUAUAUCCAUUGCUCUCCAAAUUUGCACACCCCUUCUUUUCCCAGCUUGGGAAAAAUGUGAAGCUAAAACCAAAAGUCAAACACUGCCUAGAAAUGGAUUCAGGGACCAAAAUCCAAGUUUAUAAUGCUUUGCAUCUCAGUUGUUUUCUCCCCUUGCAGCAAUUGUGAGACUGGUUUUUUUUUUUAUCCUGAGUCCUGAGAUCAUGCAGAAGUCAACAAACCUUACGUUGUGAAAUAUUAGUACAAUGUUUCUCAACCAUGGCAACUUUAAGACAAGUGGACUUCUCCCAGAAUUCCCCAGCCAGCUAUGCUUUAAGAGGGGAUGGGUUUCAACUUCCAAAAUUAAAUCAUGCUGGAAUUCUGGGAGAUGAAACUCACCCCUCUUAAAGUACCUUGCCUGAGGAAUUCUGGAAGUUGAAGUCCACCCAUCUUUAAAUUUCCAAGGUUGGGAGAUACUGUGUCAGGGAAAUGGUUAACAAUUUUUACCCCUUGCUAUUCUGCCUGUUCCUUCCCCAUAUUUGGCACUGUUCCACCCAAUAUUGUCCACCCAAAUGUCUCUCUUCUUCCUUUCAUAUCCAAAAUCACCAAUCCCCAUAGACAUGGUUUGCACUGUGAGAGACCCACAAAAUGUGUGGGCAUUUACUGUAUUCUUUUUUCUUUUCUUUAUGUUAGAUUUUAUCCACUUCGUUCUAUGAUUGUUUCUAAUACGGUAUUAUUUUUUAAUGCUUUAAUGUUUUUAUGCUAUAAGCUGCCCAGAGUUGUUGGAUACAAGAUGGGAGGUUAACAAAUUUCCUAAAUAAAGAAAUAAAGCUUUUAUACAGUGCCUUUUAUAUUUAACUGAGCACUGAUUGCACUGUAAGCUUUUCAACCCGAAAAAAUUAACUCUUUUCCCAUUUCUUCAAGUCAGGUGUACAGACUAUUAUCAGUGCGGUUAAUUUGAAUGCGUCAAGAUAAUGCGGUGGCCCUUGGUUAGUGUGAACAAUCUCGAGAAGCUCAAAAGCAGCACUGCUUCCCAAAUGUCUGCCUCUCUUAGUAACUUUGAAUUAUGUUGGCCUUGGAUAAAUGAUUAAAAUUAUAUUUUUCAUUGCAGGGAAGUGUGGGGCAAAUGGCUAUUUUUCUGUUUUAACGUUUCAUGUAACUUCUUGAGAAGAGAUAAAUAAAUGAAAAAAUUAAGUGGU